AAGUCCCAUCAAAUCAAUCUUCGACUGCCCCUGUCUCACUGUCAACCCUCCCUUGCUUGCCCUUCCCUUCUUCAUCGCAGGUCGGUCCCUGCUGGCAAGAGCCAUGCGCCACAUGCCACUGGUCCCACGCAUGACGCUUCCACACCAGCGCCUGGUGGCAGCUACCCGGCACCAGCAGCAACAGCCGCCCACACACCGCUUCCAGUGCACCUACUGCUCCUACUCAACCAACUAUCAGACCAACCUCAACAACCAUGUACGCGUGCACACAGGCGAGCGGCCGUUCAUCUGCCAGCACUGCGGCCGCACGUUCAGCCGGAACGAACACCUCAAAAAGCACCGGUGCCGUGCUGCCGAAGCAAACAGCUUCGCGACGUGCUGUGAGAAGUAUGAUCUGUUUGUAACAAACUUCUGUAUGUUGCAUUUAUUUUUUAAAAAUAAACACACAGCACCCGUCCAGCUGCCAAAGGACCUGACCCUAAGGCAGCUGCAGUCGCCGUGCGGCGGUCAUCACAGAAGCGGGAGUGGUGGCAAGCAGCGCAAAUUCCCCUGCGAAUACUGUCCAUACACAAGUGACUAUAGGGCCAAGCUGAAUCGCCACAUGCGGCUGCACACUGGCGAGCGGCCGUACCAGUGUGAGGUGUGCGGUCGAGCGUUCACCCGCAAGGACCACCUGCAGAAGCACCUGCCCACCCACGACGGCCGCGUGCUCAAGGACAGCCUCUCAAGUGACCACCACCAUCAUCACAACAACAAUGGCAACAGCAGCGUAGCCUGCUGCAGCUAGCUUUCUGGGCAGCCUGCUCAGCGCCAGCUCCCAGCACCCAUACAGGUGCAAGCUGUGUGGCCGUGGCUUUAUUCAGAAGCACCAUUAUGAGCGCCACGCAAAGACUCAUGAUGACCACUUUGUUGACUAUUAGUCUCAUCUUGCUGGCCUUUUGUUCAGCGGCAACGGCUUUGCCAGUGCUGUCUUGUCUGAGCGCAUAGCCUCCCUUGUACAAUUCUUUGCCUGCUGGGUCAUUUGAAAAACUUGGAGUGCGCUUAAGCUUCGCCUUUAAGAGUGGAACGCGAUGGCGUUAUUGGAUGCCGUUGACGCCGACACCGACACCGUAUUUUCUGCGACAUGGGUCCCUAUCAAAAUUUAGAAAUGCUCGGUUUUCAACAUUCCCCUCAAUGUUGCCUAGAACCAAAGUACAGCCAAACACCAUCAGAAUUGGAGGAUGCUUAAGCUUCGCCUUUAAGAGUGGAACGCGAUAGCAUUCAAAGAUCCCUGGCUUGUUAUCAGGCUUCUUUCUCGUAUAUUCAAAUUACAAUCCGACUCUAUCACGUCUAUAGGUUGUGGUUAAGUCGUACUUUAUGAUUUUUCUGACGGAUUUUACUUUGAGAAAUUAAAUUUUUGUUCACUAAUGCUAUGCGUCAUGUGGAGGACCUGUGUGGUCGGGGUGGUUCGGGAUGAUGUGGUUUGGCAUGAUCAUUUCCUCCAGACGCCGAUGCGUAAUGCCGACACCUACGCCGACGCCAGGUUUUCUGCGACACGGGGCCCUUAACGCUGUCGCGUUAAAACACUGGAAAAGCACUGCUAGGUGAGGCAUACAGUGCCACUGUUGACCAUGAUAGUUGUAGCAGAGUUCAGAUUUCUAUGUUAAUAUGACUAUUGGUGGCAAAUGAUAGCAGCAACAACAAAGAAUACAAUAGCAGGCAGCAUUUGAAAUGUAGCUUGCCGCACCACUUCUUUAUGGAAAUGUCUACGAGGCGCUCUUGUAACAUCUGUUAAGGGACACGUUGACUUUUCUCUUAUGCCAUCACAAUUGCUAGCACUCUGUGACAGUUAUGUCAAGGUUUUAGUUGCUGCAGAUCCAGAGACUCUACAUUGUGUGGAUGGCAGCCUGUAAGACAAGGGAAUGUCUGGGCUGAUCUAGCAGGCAUUGGGUGUACAAAAGAGGCCAUGGUCGGGCUGCAGCCUACAGAGCUGGUGUGGUGAUGUCGACAGCUUGCCCAACAAGAGGUUUCGAUUCAUACACUAAUUUGACCAGAUAUCAAGUGAGUUAAUGUAAACUUGAAAGUGGCACCUCUAGGUUUCAGCAUUUUGUCUUUGUUGCUUUGUUAUCUGACAAGCUUGUCUCGACCAAGUGGUUGCUCUUUAGCGCUUCGCUGUGUUGGAAUCGGGUAGAGUGACAUCACUUGAGUGCAUUGCUGGGCGUAUUCGGACGUCCCUCUAUGAAGUAUAGAUAAAACCAGUCCAGAGAGAUGAGCGCAGAGACAAAGGAAACGGUCUGUCAAGCACUGGAGGUUAGGAUGUCCAGUGUGUUUGUCCUGUCACCUUAUAAGUCUCUGUCAUCAUCCCUUUCGUGCUGGUUUUAUAUAUCCUGUAGAGAUGCAUCAGCUGCAUUUAUGGCAGUUCAGACAGGCAGUCACAUAGUAACAACUGGUGCUGUGCCACAAAUAGGCAUCGUCGGCCUUUGAUUCUUCAGCAAAGCCAAUGACUUCAAGCAGAGUUAGGCUGAAUUGAUCACUAAGCAGGUUUUGUGUCUUUGUGAAAUACAGAUGAUGCGAAACGUAGUGCGAAAAUAAUUGUUCAUGAAAUUGCUGCAAGAAUCCACGUCUUUAAGACGGGAUGCCCUCGUCUACUUGAACUUGACUAUGGAUUACUGCUGUAAAUCCUUAGUUUGCACCUGAAACUGCCUAUUUUGCACAACAUAGAAAGUGCAAUCAUUCACAGACAUUCACAUGCUGGGUUGUAUGUGGACGGUAGUUCAAGUCUUAUAGGCUCUGAUUACGGAGAGGCCAAGGCUGUCAAGGGAAGUUAUUGUGUCCAAGAAACACCUCCUUAAGCCUUUGAUGGUUGGCUUUGAAGCAAGCCAGAAUCAGCUUGUCGUGAAGAGGCUGCUUGCUUUCUGGCUGGUCUGAGCCGCUUUCCUCGCCUCUGUGAAAGAGCCAGGAUGAAGUGCAAUGUUGUGAAUACUGCUGUUGUCAAUCCAGCUUUGUACAGUAAGCAGGGAUCUUGCUAGCAAACUGGUGCUGUUCUUAGUGUUUGCGUACCCAGAAUUUGUGUGAUGAGCUUGUCAGGCCCAGUCUAUUUGUGUGUGACUUGAUGUGAUGUUGUAUGCGUGACUUAAUUAAUGGCCCACCGCUAGAUUUUUAUGCAGUUCUCCGAAGCUUUGCUUUUUUCAGUACAAAGAGACACACACAUCACAGCGAUUAAUUAUGUUAUGGAUUCAUAAUGCAACCAACGUUCUUUCAUCGCACUUGAUCUUUGCAGUGCAAUGCCACUAGUCAAACACAUAAAAGCUGUUUUCAAGUUGCAGUGCAAUUUUAUCUCGUUUAGUGCCAUGUGCUUACACCUUCACCAGCUCCUGAUGUGCUUUCAAUAUGUUUUAAGCACAUUGCUUAAGCACUUCCAAAACGAUAGUUGAAUGCUGUGGUGCGCCAGUCGGGUUCAUAGACAGCUUGCUGCAACAGGACUAGAGCGACUUCUUCUUCAUAGUGGUGAAGAUUGUUUCGCUGCAAAAUUCUCGACUGACAGGCUUCCUUGUUUCCUCUUUUUCACCUUCAUUGCUGUCACGCACUGUCUCUCUUGAAGUAAGAGAGAAAGAAUCUGUUAAAGGAGCUUUGUUGAUGUUGCAAUCUUUUAAAAAGGUUUUCAUAAUGGAUGCUUGGAUUGGUUUAAACAGCACAAAAAAGUACUCCGCAUACAUUCAUUCAGCCCAGAAAUAAGUUACUUUGGUUCAAAGGACUUGAAAGUGUCUAUUUGGAAUACAUAUUGGAAUCCAGUUGUGAUUUGCACUUUCAUUUGGUUACCUCGGGCUAAAUUUUACUAGGAGCUACAAGUCAGCUUUCUUCUGUAGCAAGCCAGCCUGAUGUCCUGCCCGGUGCAAUGUUGAGAAGCCGCAUCUGCAUAUGUAGUUGGUUCACAGCAUGCUUUUUGCAGUUGUACUUGUUUAUCCCUGUCUCAUAGUCUAAUGCCUGCAAAUUGCAUUGCACAAGUGGAAAAAUGAAACCUGUUGCGCUUACCCAAAUGAUCGAAGGUUCUACAUCCUGCACAUAUACAAUCUUUGCUUUAAUGGCAAUCUCAGUACUAGCAAUCUGUUGAUAGGGGUAAAACAUUUUCCGACAAUCUGAUGAUAUACUGAUAGAGCACUCAUAUUUUAUAGACAAAAAUAUUAUUGUUACAAAUAAGUCAACACAUGCAAACGCUUUACUCCGUUUUAUGUCAGCUUAUUGUCAAGAAAGUGAACCAGAACUAAACAUCAAGUGCUUAAGAGAAUUGCAUCUGAAGCUUUCACAACGCAUCUUAAGCAUUCACAAGCCAGUUGAGGUGUUCAGUGCCAUAUCGUUUGUGACUGACUCCGCAGGCAAUCCUUAGGCAGUACUGAUCUCGAUUUGGGAAGUACAAUACUUCGCUCGUGUGACAAUCUCGUUUAGUACGAGCCAUGGUCAUCUGACCAGCAAAGUGUUUAUGUUGAGGCGUUAAGGCAAUCUGUCUUUAAAAACUAUAUCUGACGAUGCUAUGGAGUAACUUGCGAGCGAAAAUACUUAGUCUCGGAGAACUUGCUUGCAACUAAUUACUUUUUACUUUCGUCACUUCAGCGCACUUCGGCACAAACAAUGUGUCACUUUUCUUUUUGUUUGUUUUGCCUUCGCAGAAUAUAAUUCUGAGUAAGUUUCUGUAUUGAGUACAGACUGAAGGUUUUUGCUUUUCUUUAUUUUCUUUUUACAUUCUUUUUUUAAACUCAGGGUGAACCCAGAGAGAUGAGAGCUCACAGAGACUUUUUAAGUUUGAAUUUCACUAUUUGUUGUUUACUGUAAGCUCUGUUUCGCAGAGUGCAUUGAUAUUUGUUCAUACUGUUUGGAAAGAGUGCAAUCCUGUAGUCAGAUUUUGUUUUCAGUGUUACAUUUGAACCCUAAUGUUGCUUUCCCUCUCUCCCUCUUUUGUUGUUAUUGCAAAACUGCAAUGUGUGUCACUUAGCUGCAUUUUUGUGGUGCCAUAUCUAUUUAAUUUAUUGUUAUCUAGUUGUCAGCAAUGUGCAAGCUGCACAAAAAAAAAGAAAAGUUAAGUGGAAGGUGCAAACCAACUUAUUCCAGGAGUGGUAGUAAUGUAUUUUAAAGACGAUAAGUCUUUCUUGGGCUACGUAAACGUGAAAAACUUUGUCUGUCUGUCUGUCACUUGAUGUAACCGCCCGGCCUAAAGUGUCAGUCUUGGAUUAAACCAAGCAUCAGGAGAGGAGGUACAGAGAGCGAGAGUAAUAAAUAAAUAAAAUAAACUUUCUUGACGAGGCGGGAUUCGAACCCAAGUACCCACGGUCCGAAGGUGAGCAUCAUAACCACUAGGCUAUACACCCACGCUUAUAGAACAUGCAUUUAUGGGAACCAUAUGAUUGCGUUUCAAUCAAUCAAUCAAUCAAUCAAUCAAUCAAAUUUUUAAUAUUUCACAAAAAGCUUUUACAGAUAGUGGUAUACAGAAGGAGGUCCCAUAGUAAAAACUGAAUUGGGACCUCCCACAAUUGUAACAGAACUUGCUAUGGCGAGAGAAAGAGAGAAUGAGAGCGAGAGAGAGAGAGACAUUUAAAGAAAGAGAGAGAGAAAGAAAGAGAAACACAGAUGGAGAGAAAGAGAGACAGAAAGAAACGAAAAAUAAAAUGCUGCAAAUGAAAAAAUCAACGCGUUAGAAAUGGUUUCGAAGAGACGCUACGCGUUAAAAACAAGCCGACUGAAGCCACGGCUCUGUAGCCAGCUUUAAGCCAACCGUAAUAAAAGGUCCCAACAGAUGGCGCAAAAGCAGGGUGAACUCGGGAAAUUUUAAUUGAAUUCAGCAAAACCUCCAUUGCAUCCAUCAGGGGAGGAGUAAGAGGAGAGGGGAAGAGCGUGAGGGGUGAGAGGGGGAGAAGAGAGGGUGUUACGUAUCAGGGGCGGCAGAAGACUAUCGUCUUUCGACGUCAUUUGCAGAGAAGCAAGCAGAUUUUUCUUUUGUUUUAGCGGUUGCUUGUUUUUUGUCAUCUUGUUUUUCGAAUUGUUCUAAAUAAAAACCCAAGUUUCUUGUUUGUCCUGGCCGCACAUUCUUUUGUGGUCUGGGACAGGUUUCAGUCAGCGUCUCUUAUUUUGUACUGCCAGUGCAAACAUAAUGUGAUCCUAUGUCACAAAGUUGUUUCAGAGCAUUUGCGUGGUUCUCAGGCUUGUUUCCUUUUUCUUUUUCUAAAACGUUUUAGUUUUCAGUGCUUUUUAAUAUUCUCAGCUUGCUGAGAAUAUUAAAAAAGAAACAAAAACGGAGAGUACGAAAGAAAAGGGUAUUCCCUUCUGUGAUUGUUUCAUCGUAGUUCUAAAAUAAUUUCAGAUUGCAUCAUGUUGAUUUGCUUGUUUGCGGUGUGAGAUCUUUUCUCCUGUUCGACAGCCUCAAACCUGACAAUCCUUUUAGCAAUGAUAGGAGUAUGGUAUGGUUGACGGGUCUCUUCAAGUCCGCUUCUCCAGCCUCUGCUCACCUCGGAUCUCGAGCCUCUCUGCUAGCAGAAUAGCAGAACUGCUGCACUUAUGACAUAAACUGGUGCUAACUCUAGCUUUUUGUUAGUUUUUUUGCACUGUCGCAAUGCAGCCACAUACACUUAUAGCUUGUUUGAAGCCGUGUUUUAUUCACAGGGGCUAUUAUGCAGUGAAUGUCAGUUUAAUCUGCUUUACUGUGAAUGUAGAACUAUCUACUGCGAGGGCGUUAUGAGUCACACCUGGGAUUUCACUGCUGCUGAACUGCUGUGCAUUGGAUAACUAUCACUGGCUUUAAGUACGUGCCUCCAUCUAUGAAAGGAGAUUGCCCACGUCAGCCUAUGAAAAUGCUAUCUGUUACAGCACUACCUGUUGAGAAAGUUUCGUUUGUUUGGUUGUGAGUUCUCAUCCCGACUCUUCUCUAUGAAUGGUCGGUUCGUUUACUUCUUACUCAUUUGAUUGAUGAUGCUAUGGUCCUUGAAAAGGCCAAAUAAAAAAAAUUAUGUGCAAUGUACCUCAUUUGCAAAAUUAUUAGUGAGAAUUGAGAAGCAAUUUAUGCAAUUUUCUUAUUAUUUUAUUAUUUUAGCCAAGCUCGUUAGUCAAAUCAUGCAGUUCUGUAUAUUGUUGAAACUUGUACUAUCAUGUACAAAUCAAAUCUGAAAGGUAUAGAGCAGAACAUUGUUCAUAGAUAACGGAUCAAGAGUGCAAUUUUUCAUUUUCUAUUUAUCCAAUUGCCAAUUAAAGUUUAAGCAUCAAACUACAUGACAUCACCUAGAGUGGCCAAAGUGCAAAUAAAAGAACAUAUUCUAGCGUCGGCCUAACCUUUUUCAUGUCAUUUGCCCACAAAAGUACAUCAUCAUUACCUAUUCGCAAAAUAAUUCCCUUGUCAUAAUCUGAUUAAGCUAUACCAGGCUGCCAAAUUGUGCCCUCAACCACAGACUCUAUGGUCAGUAUGUAAAUUGUGUGGGCAUGUAGAAAAUAAAGAAAUGCGGUUUCCCACCCACAUAAUGUGACAAUGUAAAGCUUUGAUGUAAAGAUAUUUAAACUUGUAGCCCCAUAAUGUGAUGUUAACUUUUUUUUUUUAUCCUCAAAAAACACUCUUGUCAACACAUGCCAAAGCCCAGAUUGAUACCUGCACAGUGUAAAAGCUAUUUAUUCAAGAGAGAUUAAUAUAAUGCAAGUUAAAUAGUGUUCUUUUUGUGGAACCAUGUACAGCCUCGUAGUAUCAAGGUGUGCUACAUCGUUUAUCGCGAAGGUGUACAGCACAGAUGGUUGUAAACAGAACUAUGUACUAUGUUUGCUAGUGGAAACAGAGAAAAAAAAAAAGAAAACAUUUAUUAUAUUGUGUGAGUGUCCCCUUGUAAUCAUAUAUCAUGUUGUCAACAUAAAUAGCCAACUCUGUAAUAUGUCUGAAGGCCAUGAGUGUGAAUCUGUUCAUUGCGAAGUACAAUGUUUGUGCAAGCUGCUCAGAGUUAUUUGCCUUGGCCUUCCUGUAAUGCCCCUGUUGCUUGUCAACUGAUGCAGUUUCUGCACUAUUACUCUGCUUUUACGACAACUGGAUAACAACUGAGACUGAACCUGCGGAUUCCCUUAGCCUCCUGCAAGCAAGAUGUCUCAGAAUUUCACUCAUUGCUUGCAAACGAAUUAUCAUGAACUUGUUUUUUUCUCUACCUAAGUUGUUGCAGAGCUUAAGGAAAGACGAUUGUGAAGCGAGAUAAUCAUUUCAGAUAAUCAUUGCAGAAGUUUGCAGAUUUAAUGUGUGCGCCUGUCGAAUAAGCAGCUGCUUUCCACAUCUAUUGUCUGUCUAUGUCGUAAAGAGUAACAAUUGAAGCAGGCAUGCUUUACAGGUAGCAGGAGGUACAUUAAAGGUUACUUCUUUUUCAUCUUUGAUAGACCCUUGCAAAACUUCAGUCAGCCUCCCUGCAGAGGGAUAUAGCUUGCACUUUGCGAGAACGGAAUGUCUGUGGCGUAAAAUAUCUUGUGUAGCACUUUUUGUGAGGCGGAUGCAUGCGUGCUUGUUAUAUGUACCUGCCACACAAAAAUUUCCACCGUUGCAUUCUCUUCCAUAACAACGCUGGCAGGACCCUGCACCUAAUUUUUUCCCCAAAGAACACACUGCAAUGUUACAGUGCAGGAAAGCUGACAUUGGAGAGAGUUCGGCCGAUAUGUACACAAUUUAGUGUUACCGUUAUUCUGGAAUGCCGGCACAAAAACGUGAGCAGCUGCACUGGUGGUGACAUCUGGUGACUUGUUCAAACCAGGACGUGCCGGAAUUUUCUUCUGUGUGACACUUAUUGGCAGGAAGAAGUAUAACAUUAGAGAGUUUGCAGCACUGUGAGACCAUUAUGCCGAAAGAUAAAUUGUGCGCAGCCACAAAGUGAAAUAAGAGGCCCACACCAUUUAGACGAGCAAAGUGUCACCAGGUGUCGCCACCAAAGCUGCCGUUCAGGUUUGUCUGCUAGUGUUUUGGUAAAAUGGUAUGCACUACAGUGUAUGUGUAUGCAUUCUUACUAAAAUGCUCUGUUGAAGUUUUGUAAAGGGUCCAUCACGGCAGUUGGCUAUCAUUUGGCUGAGCAACAUUGCUGCACAGACACAGUAAGACUGCCUGGCAGUAUGCUGUAUACAUGUUAUUUCUCUUGAUGAUCAGUUUUACUCCUUCUUGGAAGUGUGCUGCCCAUUUGAGCUCUGUCCAUUCACGUCGAGUUGGUAUAUUCUCGGGUGAAAGUUGCUCAAUAUGUGUUUCCUUGCCUUAUGUGCUAGUGUACCGGUGUGCCACCAUGUUAAAGGAAAUGUAUUGAAAUGUAUCUCACAGUGUUCCCAUGUAUUUUGUGUCUGUUUGUAUGUGUAAGUGUCUAAGUGAAAACGGCCACAGCAGUUCAUUACAAGAAUUAGGGCAAAUCAUGUGGCAUAAUGCCUCUCUCUUCCCAUCUUUUUUAUGUCCCUUUCGUUAUUUUUGCCACUUUUUUAUUUCAUUCACUGUUGCUAGUCAAACUGGUGUACAAAUCCUUACAGUGUUAAAAAAGUUAUUUCAGGUUGACCACUGGCUCACCAGCGCUGAAUUCUGUGGUUUAGUUUGUACAGUAGUAUGUUUGGCAUUGGUACUCGUCUGGAUUUUCUCGUAGAAAAGAAAAAAAUGCUGCCGUGUGUGUGUGCAGCAGUCAAGAAAGCUAGUUCAGCAUGUCAAGCGAUCUGCAUAGAGCCCUUUCCAGUGCUUUUGUGUUGCUCAUUUCGUUUUAUUUGUGGGGGAAAAGUAACAUGGCAGGUCAGUGAUAUAGGGAGACUCCAUAAGCAAGUGUUGAGGCUACUUCUCUUCACUGACUGAGCACACUUUACAUUUACAGUUGAUUUUAAUUUAUACCAAAUUAAACAAAGAACUACCAAUGCCUGAUGUGCUGUUGCACAAGCUAGACCAUAUAAGUGGAUAUCCUCUUAAAA